CAGCCGAAAAAAACUAUUUAAAAGAUGUGGAAACCAGAUGUUUCAGCCACAUUCCAGCCGCUACUCUGAGAAUUUCUCUUGGGCAGCCCUGACACUGUAAACGGCUCUGCAACUGAAGCUAUGGUCGUUCUCAUUUGCUUGUGCUUCUUGCUGUGGGAAGAGGUUCACGGAUGGGGAUUCAAGAAUGGAAUCUUUCAUAACUCCAUAUGGCUUGAACAAGCAGCGGGCGUGUACCACCGAGAAGCUCGGGCUGGCAAAUACAAGCUCACCUAUGCAGAAGCCAAGACUGUCUGUGAAUUUGAAGGUGGCCGCCUCGCCACCUACAAGCAACUAGAAGCUGCCAGAAAAAUCGGAUUUCAUGUCUGUGCUGCUGGAUGGAUGGCCAAGGGAAGAGUUGGAUAUCCCAUAGUGAAACCUGGGCCCAACUGUGGAUUUGGGAAAACUGGUAUUAUUGACUACGGAAUCCGGCUCAACAGGAGUGAGAGAUGGGAUGCCUAUUGCUACAACCCACAUGCAAAGGAGUGUGGCGGUGUCUUUACAGAUCCAAAGAGAAUUUUUAAGUCUCCAGGCUUCCCAAAUGAGUAUGACGACAACCAGGUCUGCUACUGGCAUAUUCGGCUCAAGUACGGUCAGCGAAUUCACCUGAGCUUUUUGGACUUUGACCUUGAACAUGACCCAGGUUGCCUGGCUGACUAUGUAGAAAUAUAUGACAGCUAUGAUGAUGUCCAUGGCUUCGUAGGAAGAUACUGUGGUGAUGAACUUCCAGAAGACAUCAUUAGCACAGGAAAUGUCAUGACCUUGAAGUUUCUGAGUGAUGCAUCUGUCACAGCUGGAGGUUUCCAGAUUAAAUACGUCACAGUGGAUCCUGCAUCCAAAUACAACCAAACCAAAAAUACAAGUACUACUGGAAAUAAAAAAUUCUUAGCUGGAAGAUAUAGCCAUCUAUAAACAUUUUAAAAGAAAUAUUCAAAACAUACAAUAUUUAUGUUUGUAGCUUUUGGACCUCCUUUGUUCUCACUUUUGUAUUUUAUUAUUAACAUGUAUUUAUUAUUUUUCCAAAUGUGAAAGCAAUAUGUAAAUGUAGGAAAAAUUGGAAAAAUACAGAAAACUUCAAAUGGGUUAAAAAAAAAAAACUC